UAUCCAUCAUUCAAGUAAGCGAUUAAUUCUUGUUUUUAAUCAGUGAAUACGUCAGUGAGUGUCAGUACUAAAAAAAAAACAUCGAGAAUGUCACAACGAGAAAGAGUUCUAAAUCUUUACAAAACGUUACUAUAUAUGGGCCGAGAUUACCCCCAGGGCUUCGACUUCUUCCGAGCGAAUUUGAAGAGAGCGUUUUUGAAAAAUAAAUUUGAAAGUGAUCCCAAGAAGAUCGAUAAAAUGAUCGAACGUGGACAGUACGUGAUGAAAGAGAUCGAGGCUCUUUACAUGUUGAAAAAAUACCGAACAAUGAAGAGGAGAUAUUACGACGAGCCUUUCAAUGCAGCCUAACUUAAUACUUCGUAAUAAAUAUUUUUAAACAAUAUUUUUGUACAAAAAGAGAAAUUAGAUAUUUCUAUGGCAACA